AUCAACCAGAUCAACAAUCAAUCGAUGCUAAAAAUGUAUCUUUAUCAUCUUCCAAGAAAAAGACACUAAGUGAAGUGGAAAUAGUUGCCCAGUGCAUUCUCUUUUUGAUCGGAGGCUACGAAACGACUAGUUCAACUCUCUCUCACGCGCUGUACCUGUUGGCAAAAAACAAUGAAUUUCAAGAACGCUUACACGACGAGAUAGUCGAGGCACUGGAGGGACUCAAAGAGAACUCCGAAAAGUACAUUGAUAAAUUAUUAAACAACAUUCCACUGCUGGAAGCGACCAUUAAGGAGGUGCUCCGGCUUUAUCCACCAAUCUCUGUCAUCUUCCGCCGGUCGACGACUGAUAACUACGACCUAGGGGGAUACAUCAUUCCAAAGGGCACCAACGUUGAGAUGUCCUCAUACGCUAUUCACAGAAACCCUGAAAACUACACCGACCCUGAUGCUUUUAAUCCCAAACGUUUUUUGCCCGAAAACGCCCACCUUCUUAAACCGUACACCUACUUGCCAUUCGGAGCGGGGCCAAAAAACU